AAAGAGAAGGGUUUUUGGUAUGGGGGUUUUUGAAUUUGGAUCGUUAUUGGCCUGGCUGAAUUCUCCUUCUUCAAGCUUGCAAGAAAAGACUGUUCCCCAACAUUAAUCGAUGUGGUAUUUAUGUGUGUUUUACCACAGGCUGCUUGAUUACCGGAAACCCGAAGUCGAGUCCCUGGCUGACCUUUUCGGAGCUUUCGAAGACAAACGGCGCCCUGGUAACCGGGUUCUACAAUGGCGGCUACCUCAACACCAUCACCCCGACUCCCCUUUCUAUUUCGUCGACUUGCCUUCCGAGGACGUGGCCGAGAACGUCGCCAAUCGAAGUAUACUUGUGAAGGGAAUAUAUGAACUUUGGGGAGAAGGAGGUAGCUAUGAGGAGCUUGAAGAGGCUGUUAAAAGCUACCCUGAUGAACGAAAGUUGCCAUAUUUGGGGUCUGAAAGUACAUUUAAGAUUACCGUGGAUAGUUUUGGGAAGGUUAUGAGCCUUCUGGAGCAGAAUGAACGGAUUCGUGGGCUUUCAUAUAUUCCUUUCAAGGCAUGUAUUUGGAGGAUCCUUGGAGUUUGUAUCCUAUAUCAGGGUCGAGUUAAUUUAAAGAACCCCGAUCACAAUUUCUGGCUCAUGGAAACUGACGACACUGCAACUAAUAAUGGACUUCCACCGGUAGCACAAAGGAGAAUAUUCUUCGGUAGGGAAGUUGGUGGAGCAGAUAGGAAGCUUCUCCCCACGUAUCAGUUGAAAAGCCGAAAUUAUCUUGGACCGACAGCAAUGGAUGCGGAAAUGGCUUUCUUAAUGGCCAAUCAAGCGCAGGCUGCGCCUGGGAAACUUGUAUAUGACCCCUUUGUUGGCACGGGGAGCAUUCUGGUUUCAGCAGCUCACUUUGGAGCAAUGACAAUGGGUGCUGAUAUUGACAUCCGAGUGGUGCGUGAUGGGCGCGGCCCUGACUGUAAUGUUUGGAGCAACUUCAAACAGUACGGAUUGCCGAUGCCAAUUGCUUUGUUGAGGGCGGAUAACAACCUUCCUCCUUGGCGUCCUGGAUUAAAGGAGGUGUUUGAUGCAAUAAUUUGUGAUCCUCCAUAUGGAGUUCGAGCUGGUGGACGGAAAUCUGGAGGCCGGAAAUUGCUCAAGGGGGUUAUCGGCCCUUACACUGUUCCAGAUGACAAAAGGGCAGACCAUAUACCUUCAACUGCGCCUUACAGCUUAGCUGAGUGUGUGCAUGACUUGCUUGACCUUGCUGCUAGGAUGCUUGUAAUUGGUGGCAGGCUUGUAUUCUUUUAUCCCGUGUCGAGAGAAGAAGACUCGUGCGAAGAUCAUUUCCCCGAGCAUCCAUGUUUCGAGUUGGUUGCCACUUCAGAGCAGAUACUUAGCUCACGAUACAGUCGGGUUUUACUCACCAUGGUAAAGACGUCCUCGUACACCGAGGAACUCGCGUUGGCAGCAUGGAUGAAACAUCUGGAGUUUAAGGAGAAUCAUUCCAAGUGGUUGGAAGAAGGUAACAAUCUUCACUCUUCUGUUUUCAGUCCAGCAGAUGUUCAUCACUCUGGUGAUUCAAAACUGAGCAAAGAAUCAAAGCCCAAAUAUAGAGGGAAAUACGUGUAAUAUCUUUGCUGUUGUUUUAGGGGGAUAUAUUUAUUCUAAAACGAAAAUAAGGUAAAAUUCUGAUUUUCAA